GGGAGGAGGAGGAAGCCACGAAGAGAGGAAGGAAAUGAAGAUCACGUCACGAAGAGCAGAAUCGGAGUAAAAAAAAAAAAAAAAAAAAAAGACGAGUGCUAUUUAAUGGACACUCCUUACAUUGACGCUACCGUGGACUCAUCUGGAACUCGUCUUUAAGCAACAUGUCAUCGUGGACUCGCUCGGCGUGAGAAGGGAAAAGCGGCCACGCAGCUGUGGGUAUACAUAUAAAACAUAUGUAUAUUUUUUUGUGUGGAAAUGUGUGAAGACCUCCUCUUCUUCCUCCUCCGUGUGCCUGCCCACUGACGCCUCUUCGUGUGCAUCUUCUCUGCACAUUUUUUAUUUUUUUUUAAAAAGACAUAUUGUUGCAUCUAGUGGAUUUUUUUCUGAAUAGAGGAGGAGGAUUUUUGUUUUUUUAGUCCCCAUCAGAAAGGAGAAGAAGAAGGAUCGGGAGAAUUAACAGGAAGCAGCUACAACAAAUCCCAAAAUGAGUGAGUUGGAGCAGCUUCGUCAGGAGGCCGAGCAACUGAGGAACCAGAUACGAGAUGCCAGGAAAGCAUGUGGGGAUUCGACGCUGACACAGAUAACAGCUGGUCUGGAUCCAGUGGGUAGGAUACAGAUGCGGACAAGGCGCACCCUUCGAGGCCACCUUGCUAAGAUCUAUGCCAUGCACUGGGGGUCAGACUCAAGGCUUCUUGUUAGCGCUUCUCAAGAUGGCAAACUGAUCGUGUGGGACAGCUACACCACUAACAAGAUACACGCCAUCCCCCUGCGCUCGUCCUGGGUGAUGACCUGUGCGUACGCCCCGUCUGGAAACUAUGUGGCAUGCGGAGGCCUCGAUAACAUCUGUUCCAUCUACUGCCUGAAGACACGAGAGGGUAACGUUAGGAUCAGCAGAGAACUACCUGGACAUACAGGUUACCUGUCAUGUUGCCGUUUCAUCGAUGACAAUCAAAUCAUCACCAGUUCAGGAGACACCACCUGUGCGUUGUGGGACAUCGAGACGAGCCAGCAGACCACGGUGUUCUCAGGCCAUACAGGCGACGUCAUGAGUCUGUCCCUGUCGCCCGAUCUUCGCACCUUUGUAUCGGGGGCCUGCGACGCCUCGGUCAAGCUGUGGGACAUCAGAGACAGCAUGUGUCGACAGACCUUUACGGGUCACGAGUCGGACAUCAACGCCAUCUGUUUCUUCCCCAACGGCAGCGCAUUUGCCACGGGCUCCGACGACGCCACCUGCAGGCUGUUUGACCUGCGUGCCGACCAGGAGCUCAGCCUCUACUGUCAUGACAACAUCAUCUGCGGCAUCACCUCGGUGGCUUUCUCCCGCUCGGGCCGCCUGCUGCUGGCGGGCUAUGACGACUUUAACUGCAACAUCUGGGACGCCAUGAAGGGAGACAGAGCAGGAGUCCUGGCCGGCCAUGACAAUCGUGUGAGCUGUCUGGGCGUGACUGAUGACGGCAUGGCUGUCAGCACCGGGUCCUGGGACAGCUUCCUCAAGAUCUGGAACUAACACACACACACACACACAUACACAUAUACAUAUACACACACUUCUGGGAACACAGGUUGGCCAGCUGGUGUUCGCACUGUAAUGUAAGCUUCAACAAAGUGCAACAAGUGUACAUAAGACAUAGUGUGACAACUUAGUUUACACCCAUCACACGUGCUACCUUCAGCUGACUGAGGUGCACAAUUGCAGCUGCAAGGCUACUCUCUCACACACACACACAAACACACACGUAAAAAAGAAACAAAACAAAAAAAAAAAAUCAGUGUGACCAAAUACAGUUUUCUUGUAUUUCCAACAAAAACACAUCUAUGACCUGAAGCCUUUGAAAUAAAACGUUUUUCCUGCGCUUGUGUUCAGCAGGGGAGGAGACAAUUCCGUCUUGUUUACAAUGAAGUACUUUUUUUUUCCCCGUCUCCGUGCCACAUGUAUUGCAGUGAUGCUUUGGAAGUUGUGGGAUUAUUAGAAUACUGAAAAAUGAAUGAAAUAUCAUUUUAUUCUCUAAACAAACCAUCAUGCUUUCCAGGGUUUUUAUAGCUUACUUCUAUGCCCCCCCCAUAUUCAGUGCAUUUGUUUGUUUUUUUACACUUAUUUACUUCAUGUUCUCCCUGUGUGCCUCAGAUACACUUACAGGAUUAUUACUAGAGAAUACGGAUAAGAGGUAUAAGAAGUAAAUGGGGAAAAAAAGAAAAGCAUUGUUUAGUGUGUGAAUGCAGCAGGAGCCAGUAUUCACGCUUAAAUCUGGACAUGAUGAUGGUAUAAUUGUACAUAUUAAUAAAUAACCUCUCCUGCCAGUCAUUGUGGUCU